AUGAUCCUCCGCCAGAGAGCUCAAGCCUUACCUGCCGGAGUCGCUCCAGCGGCUUUCCGACAGUGUCGGUGUUGCAAGAAAUCCAGAGAGGCAAACAUACCGUUACACGCUUUGCGUGGAUCAGUGAGGUGGUGCGAAGGUGAAGAUUUUGAUGUUGCGGUUGCUGAAGAAGUGUUGAUGUUGGUGAUUUUUGAUGUUCUGUGGUUUGAAGAUGAAGAGAGAGAAGAGAUAAAUUUUCUGAACUUGUUGGUGAUUCCGAAGAAUCCCCCUGAUUUAAGGAAUUGGUUCGGUUAUUGCAGCAAGUAG